AUGUGGCCACGGAAUGAGAUCCCAAUGGAAGACGGAUCGAUGACACCCGAAGACCAAGAACCCGUAACUGAUAACGACAUGGAAUUCGAUGUAAAUUCCGAGGAGAACUCCUACAGCAACGGCUCAGGCUCCAGUUACAGUGCUGACAAACUAUCAUCGCCUCUACAACAUAAGUUGGAUUUAUCCGCAUCACCGACACGGAAUAAUGACAUAAAUCCACGUGUGGAACAUUUGAUUGCUCUCUUCAAGGAUUUGUCAGCUGGAGAACAGAUGGACGCCUUCAGUCGACUAAUUCCAGAAUCUACCAUGGCGAAUAUUCGACAGCUGCGCGCAAUCAUAGAACCACAUUUCCAGAGGGAUUUCCUUUCCUGCCUGCCAGUUGAGCUCGGUAUGAAAAUACUUCACAACUUGAAUGGCUAUGAUCUGAUGAAAGUUGCUCAAGUAUCAAAGAACUGGAAACUUAUGUCAGAAAUCGAUAAAAUUUGGAAAAGUCUCGGCGACGAAGCUUUUAAAAAUCAUCCACCUCCUAGUGAUCGAGUAAGAGGGGCCUGGGAAGCUACAGCUGUAGCUGCCGGUGUCGUCAUACCGGAUCAUGUUCAACCAUGUGAGCUUAAUAUUCAUCGAUUCAUGAAGCUUCAGAAGUUUGGAGACAUCUACGAUCGUGCUCCAGACAAGUCACGCUACCUUCGUGCUGACAAAAUAGAGAGAAACUGGAAUUCAAAUAAUAUUAUGGGAUCAGCGGUACUUCGAGGUCAUGAAGACCAUGUCAUUACUUGUAUGCAAAUUCAUGAUGAUUUGUUGGUCACUGGAUCCGAUGAUAACACACUGAAAGUGUGGUGCAUUGAUAAAGGAGAAGUUAAGUAUACGCUGAGUGGUCAUACUGGUGGUGUUUGGACAUCUCAAAUAUCUCAGUGUGGACGAUUUAUUGUCAGUGGGUCAACCGAUCGGACUGUUAAAGUGUGGAGCACUGCUGAUGGUUCACUUCUACAUACACUCCAAGGGCACACUUCCACUGUUCGAUGCAUGGCGAUGGCUGGUUCAAUACUUGUUACCGGAUCUCGUGACACUACUCUACGAGUGUGGGACGUCGAAACUGGUCGUCAUCUAACUACUCUUCAUGGUCAUCAUGCAGCUGUCCGAUGUGUACAGUUUGACGGAAAUACCGUCGUUUCGGGUGGAUAUGAUUUCACUGUCAAGAUAUGGAAUGCUCACACUGGCCGAUGCAUUCGCACUCUAACUGGUCACAAUAACAGAGUUUACUCUCUUCUAUUUGAAAGCGAACGUUCAAUCGUGUGUUCUGGGUCUCUCGAUACCUCAAUUCGCGUGUGGGAUUUUACAAGACCGGAAGGAGACGAAUGCAUUGCUUUGCUUCAAGGACAUACCUCACUGACAUCUGGAAUGCAGCUAAGAGGCAAUAUACUUGUCUCAUGCAAUGCAGAUAGUCAUGUCAGAGUUUGGGAUAUUCACGAGGGAACAUGCGUACAUAUGCUUUCUGGUCAUCGAUCCGCAAUAACAUCUCUCCAAUGGUUCGGUCGAAAUAUGGUUGCAACAAGCAGUGAUGAUGGGACUGUAAAACUUUGGGAUAUCGAAAGAGGAGCACUGAUUCGUGACCUGGUCACACUUGAUUCGGGAGGUAACGGUGGAUGCAUUUGGAGACUGUGCUCCACAUCUACUAUGCUCGCUUGUGCAGUUGGAUCUCGCAACAAUACCGAGGAGACAAAAGUUAUUCUACUAGAUUUUGAUUCUCCCUACCCGUAA